AUGUCCUCAACGACAACUACAACCAGGCCAUUGUCGACGACUUCGAAUUCGCUCUCGCAACACACGACGACGCUGAAGGGGAAAUUGAAUUGUGAAUACACGCCUUCACCCGACCAGAAGGAGAUUCGGCGGCGUGUACAUCAUGAAGCGGACAUCGUCAUCGUGGGUGCCGGGAUUGCCGGAUGCGCCGCAGCAGUGGCAUUUGGGAAGCAAGGGCGCAGUGUCAUACUGUUGGAGAAGAGCUUGAAGGAGCCGGAUCGGAUUGUGGGGGAGCUGUUGCAGCCGGGCGGUGUGCAGGCGUUGGAGAAGUUGGGAUUGAGAGACUGCCUCGAAGGCAUCGACGCCAUCCCCUGCUACGGCUACCAAGUCACCUACCACGGCGAACCCGUCUCCAUCCCCUACUCGACCGUCUCCCCCGGCACUCGCCCCGAAGGCCGCUCCUUUCACCACGGCCGCUUCAUCCAGAAGCUGCGCGCCGCCGCACGCGCAACCCCCAACGUCACCGUCAUAGAAUCCACAGUCACCUCCCUCAUAACCAGCACAUACAGCCCGCAGGUCCUAGGCGUCAACUGCCUAACCAACGGCAAACCCGACUUCUACUUCGGCACCCUCACCCUCGUCGCCGACGGCUACAACAGCAAAUUCCGCAAAGAACACCUCCCCCACCAACCGCGGGUGCGCAGCAAAUUCUUCGGCCUCGAGCUGAUCGAUGCCGUUCUCCCAGCGCCGAACCACGGCCACGUCAUCCUCUCCGACGCUCCGCCCAUCCUCAUCUACCAAAUCGGCACGCACGAGACGCGCAUCCUGAUCGACGUGCCCGAGAACCUGCCGAGCGCGAGCCCCAAAGCCGGGGGCGUCAAGAACCACCUCCUCAACGUCGCGCUCCCCGCCGUCCCCGCCUGUGUGCGGCCCUCGCUCAAGAAAGCCAUCGAGGAGGGGAAACUGCGAUCGAUGCCCAACUCGUUCCUGCCCCCGGCGACGCAAAGGACCCCCGGGAUGAUGAUCCUCGGCGACGCCAUGAACAUGCGGCAUCCGCUUACGGGCGGCGGCAUGACGGUCGCCUUCAACGACGUGGUGCUCCUCUCGCAACUGCUCUCCCCCGAAAGAGUGCCCAGUCUGGAGAACACGAAGCAGGUCCUCGAGCAGAUGGCGGCUUUCCACUGGGCGCGCAAGUCGUCGUCGACCGUCAUCAACAUCCUCGCCAUGGCGCUGUAUUCGCUCUUCGCCGCCGACGAUGCCCGCCUCGUCACACUGCAGAAUGGGUGCUUCCGGUACUUCCAGCGCGGUGGCCGGUGCGUUGCCGAGCCGUGCGGGUUACUAGCUGGGCUGAUCAAGCGGCCGGCGGUGCUGGUGCGGCAUUUCUUCGCCGUGGCGUUUUAUGCGGUGUGGAGAAGGAUGGUUGAGGGGCCCGUUUGGAGGGUGCCCUGGGUGUUGUUUGUGGAGAGUUGGUUGGUGAUUUGGAAGGCUUGCGUGGUUAUUGGGCCGUAUUUGGUUUGGGAGGUGAGGCGGUAG